CCUGCCAGGUCAAACUACAACAGUGAAGCAUUCUGCACGGAGAACCGAAGAACAAACGCCGGUUUAAAGAGCAGGAUGCAGCGUUUAAGGGAGAGCAUUCACAUACGCACCAUGAAGGCAAAGAGGAAAGUGGAGGAGAUCUCCAAAGAGGACGUCCAGGCUUUCUUCAAGAAGAAUGCCUUUGUGCUCUUCACCGUUGGGGCAGUUAUUGUAGGUAUUAUUCUGGGCUUCACGCUCCGGCCGUACAAGAUGACCUAUCGAGAAGUAAAGUACUUCUCUUUCCCUGGAGAGCUACUAAUGAGAAUGCUUCAGAUGCUUGUUCUCCCUUUACUAGUCUCCAGUCUAAUCACAGGAAUGGCAGCUUUGGACACCAAAGCCUCAGGAAAGAUGGGCAUGAGAGCUGUGAUAUACUACAUGACCACGACUUUUAUCGCAGUCUUCAUUGGUAUCUUAGUCGUCCUCAUCAUCCACCCAGGAAAAGGAUCAAAAGAGGAGUUUGGAAAGCAGCAGAUGAUAGAGCAAAUCAGUCCUGCUGAUGCCUUCUUGGAUCUGAUCAGAAAUAUGUUUCCACCAAACUUGGUCCAAGCCUGUACACAGCAGUUCAAAACCAAAUAUGACAAGCGAACAGUCCAUGUGACAGUGACAGUGAAUGACACCCUCUUCAACUCCACCAAUGGCACCCAAGAGGUCAUGGAGACCACCCGGGAGGAAGUGAUCCCAGUGGCGGGUCAGGUGAACGGGGUCAACGCCCUCGGGCUGGUGGUCUUCUCCAUGUGCUUUGGUCUAAUAAUUGGCAGCAUGAGGGAGCAGGGCCAGCUCCUGAGGGAUUUCUUCGACAGCCUCAAUGAAGCUAUCAUGCGCCUGGUUGCGAUCAUCAUGUGGUAUGCUCCUAUUGGCAUCAUGUUCCUAAUUUCUGGAAAGAUUGUGGAGAUGGAUGAUCUGACACAGAUGGGUGGCCAGCUGGGCAUGUAUACCAUCACAGUUAUCAUUGGCUUACUGAUCCACGCUGUUAUUAUUCUUCCCACUCUUUAUUUUGCCAUUACUCGGCAAAACCCCUUUAUCUUCAUUGCUGGACUCUUGCAAGCUCUGGUAACAGCCCUGGGGACCUCCUCCAGCUCAGCUACCCUCCCUGUCACCUUUAAAUGUCUGGAGGAGAACAACAAAAUUGACAAGCGAAUCACACGUUUCGUGCUGCCUGUGGGCGCCACAAUCAACAUGGACGGAACUGCUCUGUAUGAGGCACUGGCGGCCAUCUUCAUUGCCCAGGUCAACAACAUUGAAAUGAACUUUGGUCAGAUCAUCACCAUCAGUAUUACAGCAACUGCAGCCAGUAUUGGAGCUGCUGGCAUCCCUCAGGCAGGCCUGGUCACCAUGGUGAUUGUACUGACCUCUGUCGGACUUCCUACUGAUGACAUCACUCUCAUCAUUGCGGUUGAUUGGUUCCUGGACCGUCUGCGUACCACAACCAAUGUUUUGGGGGAUUCGAUUGGAGCCGGCAUUGUGGAGUUCCUGUCUCGACACGAGCUACGCAGCAAAGAUGUGGAGAUGGGAAACUCAGUGCUGGAGGAGAAGGAGCGGAAGAAACCUUACAAGCUCAUCUCCCAGGAUAGUGAUUUUGAAAAUGACAAACGUGCUCACAGUGAAUCAAACAUGUAG